AUGUCAUUGUUGGCUGUGGCCAUCACGGAAAUGGUUUCUGCAGGGCUGAACCCUUGGGAUGAGCAGUUCGUAAUUCAAAUAGAUCAAUCCUACGACCGACAGACUUGGCUGCGGAAGGCACCGCGCCUGGUACCGUGCCUUAUCCCGAAGGGAAAGUACAUCGUGACAGUGCGUUGGACUUUGCUAUCUGCUAAGGAGAAAGCCAGGCUGCAGGGAAUUGGAGAUAGUGAGUACCAGAAGUACAAUAUGCACUUGCUGACCGACUGCCGCCUCAGCGAUCUGAAUACCAUCAUGGCUGCCUUCAAUGAGAGCAGCCAGGCCAACAUGGGCUCAGUAAGCAACUUCCAAAAGGAUGUUGCCCUGACUGUUGAGCUCAUGUACAGCAUGAGGCACGGGGUGGCUGAGGGCAACAAGCGCCCCUUUGAUGACAUGAUGGGUGGGGUGGAGUCACCACCGAAUUCUGGCGUUCCUCAUCCGGAUGAGAAGGGGGAGUACCCAUGGCCUUUGUCCCAUGGAGGGACCUUUUUAGACAUGGUCCAGAGGGCCACCAGCAAUGUGGAUUGGUUUUUGGCGGAAUCGUCCCAGAUGUUGUUCGCUGCUGGCAUUACUGAGUCUGAAGACCCAUGUGCGUUUAAGCAGCUGUUCACUACGCUUGAUGAGUGGCCACCAAUCCCGGGCAAGCUUUUCGAGACCAGCAUCAUGUGCUGGAGCUAUCAGGACGAGAGCUUUUGGAGAGGAAAAUCGAUUUCGAUGGCUGAAGUGAUUUCCUAUGCAAAGUCCAUGGCGCUGACACGGUUCAAGGAGGGCGAGAUGGUCAUCGCCCGGUUUCUCCAGUGGCCACCCGAUGACUUGGGCGAGGAGGGUGUCAUGUUCAAGCUCCUGUUCGGUGAUGGAUCACAAAAAAUGUUGGCAGCCAUGACGGUGUGGGUGGCCAUGUUGCUGGUGUGGAAGGCCCACGGCAAGGAAGGCCUCUCUGCUCCUGGAGUGGCGGGGAUGAUCACUUCUUUCUUGAAGAUCGGCACGACAGUGCGAGCCAGCGAAACAAGUGGCUCACCCUUAGAAAGUGUCAUCAACCGGAUUGUAUCCCAGAACGUGAACGCCAAAGUUCAACCCAUCUCAAGCUUCGCUUGGAGUUCCAUCUUGAGAUCAUUGACUGGCAGCGAGACAUCCUUUGAGGAGGCCCUGACAGCCUACAACCGGCACCCCACGGUGUUGGCCCACGAUAGAGGUGAGAGUGGGACAGGGUCCAUAGCCCUAGACGGGCGGAAGCGCCAAGGAGUCAGGAAUUGGCUGGACCGGUGCUGCCCAGCAGCGUACGAGGAAGUCUUGCACUCGACGCACGACUUAGCGUUCAACCUCGGCGCGUUCGGUGAGGCAUUUAGCUACACGAACAGCUGCUUUUUGACCUCAACAGUUGACACAGUGCCGGUGUCAGAUGGCCCAACCCCUGCUUCUGUCCCAUUGCCAGAGGAAGGCUACGUUGAAGUGGUUGACUGGAGCCUGCCAAUGACGGAGUCCAGUCAAAAGAUCUUUUUCCGCAAGGUCCGCUUCACGUUCAACAGGGCCACUGUUGGCAUUCAAGCCAACUUGAAGAAGAAGUACAGAGCCAGUCCAGACCAACUCUUGCAACUCCGGAAUUUGUCGGUUCUCUUCAGCCAGGUUUGGCCGAGCAUCUCCAAACGAUUGCCGGACGAGGAGGCGCAGAAGAUUGAGAAGGGCUUCAUCGAAGGUGGGUGCGAUGAUGACUUCCUACCUGUGCUCCAGGCUCGCCCUGCCCGGGUCAGUCUGUCAAUGCUGCGCUCGCAGAGGGAACAUGCGCAGCGGUUGGAGAAGCAGAAGCAAGACAUGAUCCACAGCGAGCUGCAGACUCAGCGCGACGCGGUCCAAGCCGCUCAGUGGACUUACUUUCGCAAUGCGCUGGAACAGGACCAGGCCACCCUCAGCUGCGUCAGCCAGGUUCCAGCGAAGGUGAAGGCCAAGCUACACGCCAAGACUGUGGUUCGCAGGCAGGAGCAGGCAGAAGCUGGCAAAAUGGCCGUGACAGGUUACCAGGACCGGCUUCCGCUUGAAACGGCUAAAGAUGCCAAGGUGGGUAUGGACGACGUGGCAGUCCUGGUUUGGUGCGACAUGAAUGUGCCCCAUGCACGCAACAGGGAGGGUUGCUUGGCCCUGUGUAAGGGAAUAGCUGCCUUGAAUGAGAGCAGCCCAUCCAAAACGGCCUGUGUCUUGACUCUACCAGAUUGGGCCAGAGAGUCCAACCCACGUGGAUUGUUCGAUGAGGAGAAGCAAGUGUUUGAGGAACUGUACUCCCUCAACCAAAAGUGCGAGGUGCGAUGGAUUGAUCUCUGGACCCACGAGACCAAGAAGAACAACGGCCGCAGAUUUGGGAGUGGCCGUAUCAUUACAUCCGCCAUGGAGGAAGCUAGCAAUCCAUGGCUGAAUUCCGAAUUGGCCAUCUAUGGGCGCGUGUGCUCAGAGAACGAGGAACAGCUAGCUGCGCAGAAGGGGGCGAAGCGCCAAAAAAUGCUCUUGGAGGCCUGCUUGAGGCGCACGUCGUCAGAUUUCAAAGCAGUGCUGGUUUGCAACCUGACCGGCUAUGUCGAAGAGCUGGCUGUGGUUAUGAACUUGCGUCUUCGCGGGACGCCAUUGGCAGACUCCCAGUUCAACUUGCAAAAGUUGUACUACUUGUCGGUCCACACACUGGAUGGGCUGGAGGGGGCCAAGUACGCCAAGAGCCGCGUGGGCCGAGAAUUGUUGGAUUUAUGGUUGGAGAAAAAGCUGGGCUUUGGGGGCGUCUUUUUCAACGAUACAGAGGAGAAUCUGACGGAAGAAGAUCCUUGUCUGGAAAAGCGCGACAUUGAUGGCGUUGCCUACUUGGACAAGCCGGAGACGAUGGAACUGAAAGUCCUGGUUCGAAGCGGGCACGAGUUCAGGAUCCACCCGGACCAUCAGCGUCAGUGGACGAAUGUCGGUGGUGUGUUCGACUCCACGGCUGCUCUGAAGGGGUCUGAGGAAAUCAUUACACAAUGCGUGUCUGAAGUGACUGGUGUCGAGAUCCUGAAAGCCAAGAGUGGCCAUGUCUUCCUAGUUUGCGCCAGUCGGCGCAUCCUGCCAAAGCACACCCUUGUCGGAGGGUUCGGGACUGGACGGUAUGUGCCCUACGAUGCAUCCGUGCCAGAGGCCGAGCAGGGCAAGUAUGUGAAGCUGAGCUGGGAUGAAGGCGACAAGACCGUGAUACAAGUCGACAUGAGCUCGGUCAACCACGAGUCCACCACGUCGGAGCUCAUGACGUGUUACCGCUACCUUUUGAUGAUUGAGAAAACCAAGCGUGUGACGUCUUAUGACAUCAGCUACACCAGGUGCGCAAGAAAGGUCGGACAGGGAGGCGAUGGGUUUGACAUCAGCCCUCAGAAUUUGCAUUGCUACCAGACAAGCCCUGACCUUUCGAAGCCUCUCACCUGCAAAUCCAUCUUUUGGGAUUCCGCCUUGAAGAUCAAAGAGUCUGAGGCUUUGUUGACCUGUUUCCGCUAUCGGUAUGAUCGCAUCCACGCGGUCACCAAAGUACAGAAACCAUACGUCUUUCUAAAGUUGGCUGUCACGCUCGAGGCUGGCAAGCCUGUCCAGGUAGCCUAG